AACACCACUGAGCACACUGUCAAAAACCAAACUCUGUUAUCAUUUUUGCCGAAAAAUGAAGAUAAACAAUCUUGUAUUUCUCAAAUUUGUAUUUUUUCUAAUAGUUAUUCUGAUUUCUGUGGAUUUUCAAAGUUGUUUAUUUUUGUUCAUACUUAGUAGUGCUUCGCAAAAGAUUCUUCGUCUUCGCGAUGAGUUGUUGAUUAUAUAAUGAUUCAGUUUUAAUAAUUUUUUGUGUUAGUCUUAUUUACUUAUUAUUCUAAAUAAAUAUUGAACAGAGUAUAAAAAAUGUCUUGUUAUGUCCAAUAUUGUCAUGAAUGUAACAUUGCUAUUAGCAAGGCGGAAACAGAUACCGAUGGAGUAACAUAUUAUCAUAUCCAAGUGAAUGUUGGCGACGUUACAUGGAGUGUACAAAAACGAUACAAAGAAUUUUUGGAACUGCACAAAAAAUUAGUGAAUGAACAUACUGUAACUAAAGAUAUACUGCCUGGAAAAAAAAUAAUUGGGAACAAAGAACCGAAUUUCAUUGAAAGACGUCGAGUUGGCCUGGAAAUUUAUUUACAAACUGUUUUGUCAUUUUUACAAAAGUCAAUGCAUGAAGAACUAUUAGAGUUUUUAGAAUUCCACAAGUAUGAUGUAAUAUUAAUUGUCAAGAAACUAGCUAUAGAAUUUUUUCAAAAUGGGGAUGAUUACCUUUUGAACGAUAAUGGUUUUAAUUUUAAUGUCUUACUAUUAUAUGCAAUUAGUGAAAGAUUAAAAUUACCUUGUCCGGAUAGUGAAAAUAACGAGUAUAAUUUUAGCCAUGUGUUAGAUUUUUGUUCAAAAUUUAAAUACUUGGCAAUUAAGGGAGGAAAUCAUUAUGUUGGUACAAGUAACAUAAUUUACAAUAAAUUAAGUUUUGAGCUAUCAUCUUUUAAGAAUGUGAAUAAAUUUGAAUGUUAUAAUAUUGCAUAUAAUAUGAUAUAUAAUUUAAUGACAUUACGAAAUACAGUACGUAUAAUUACAGUAUACAAUUCAAAGCUUAAAACUCCUGAAGAUAUUUUGUUAAGUGAUAAUGUUCAUAAAGAAUGGUCCUCUGACAUGGAUUCUAGUAUGAUUUGGAAUAAAGUUAAAGUAGUUGAUUUCAGUUGGAAUGAAAUACAUACAUUAAAAAGUCUCACAGUUUUAACGCCAAAUGUUAAAACAAUUAAUUUAAAUGGAAAUUUAUUGAAUACUAUUGAAGAUCUAUCACCUCUUAGUUAUCUCAGUCACUUAUCACUGUCAAGUAAUAAUAUUACUGAAGUAUUCGACCUUCAUACAAAACUAGGAAAUGUUGUAUGUCUAAAUCUGUCUUCAAAUAAAAUUUCUGAUUUGAAAGCAUUUUCAAAAUUAUUUUCACUAGAAAUGUUGGACUUGGGCUCAAACUUGGUUGAAGAUAUAGAUCAGUUAAAACACCUGAGUGGGUUACAAAAUAUGAAUUAUUUAGUUUUGUCUGGAAAUCCUGUGUCAACUGUAGUUGAUUACAGAAUUAAGGUACUAGGUAUACUUAAAAAAAGAACUUCAGACUUUUGUUUAGACAAUGAGAGACCCACUCAAAAAGAGCUCGAUACUGUGGCAAUAAUGCAUGCAAUAAAGGUUGCCAAAGAAGGAAAAACAUUAUUUGAUAGAUGAUUUAGAUUGAACAAAAACAUUGUUAUUAACUACCUAAUCUAUAUUUAUUUUUUUGUUAUUCCAUAUUAUCGAUAAUAAUCACAAAUUAAGAUUUUAUUUGUGUCUUGUG